CUCGCUCAAGACACACAGCUCGAGAUGGUGUCCUCCGGCGUGAGCGUGAUGGUGGCGGCGGUGGUGCUGGCGGCUGUGCUGGUGGCGGUGGGGGCCGAGCCGGGCUUCUUCAAGGGCCGGGGAAGGUGCCACCCUAAGAUCGUGCCUUUCUACAACACUAUUUACGACAAAGUACCGUACCACCACACCGUGUACGACGACAAUCUGAUCUACAGCACCGUAUACCACACCGUGUACAAGACGCACUACAAGACACACCACACCACUGAGUACGUGCCGCAGUACGUCACCAAGGACGUGCACAAGGACGAGGUUCACUACGUGCCCAAGUACAAGACGGAGCACAAGACGGAGUACGUGCCACAGUACGUCACCACCACGCAGGUCGUGCCUCCUACGUCACCACCACGGAGUACAUGACGCAGCACCACACGGAAACCAAGCUGGAGACGGUGUACAGCAACGUGGUGGUGCCCAAGUACGUCACCACCAGGGUCGUGGACUACAAGACCCACUACGAGACCGUGUUCGCGCCGCAGUACGUCACCGUGACCGACACCAAGCAGGAAUACCAGACCGUCUGCCCAAAAAUUCCUACGACUACUACUGAGGGAGACGCUGACGGAGGCGGCGACGGAGGCGAUGAAGGAGGCGGUGAUGGAGGCGUUGACGAGGCUGCAGCAGGGAAGGAGGGCCACCUAGCUAACCCUGCUGACACGACAGACCACCACAGCACGUCACUCCCUCCUCCAGCUGUUGUGUUCCCCUGUGUCUUGUGUGUUUAUCUUCCUUUGUUAUGUUUCGCUGUUGAUAGACGCUUGUUUGUCCUGGAGUAAUGAUGAUAUAAAUGUUACUUACGU